GCAGUCCCGUGAGGCGCGUGGGGCGGGCGGGGUCCGGCCGGAGCCGGGAUUGGUGCCGGGGAUGCUGCAUCUGAGCCGACUAGCCGGGCUUACCGCGGGAUGGCGAACGUGCGCGUGGCCCUGAGGGUCCGGCCCCUCAGCAAGAGGGAGAACAAAGAAGGGGGAAAAAUUAUUGUGGAAGUUGAUGGCACAGUGGCAAAAAUCAAGAAUUUAAAGGUGGACAGCCGACCUGAUGGCUUUGGUGAUUCCCGGGAGAAGGUUGUGGCAUUUGGCUUUGAUUACUGCUACUGGUCAGUCAACCCAGAGGACCCCCAGUAUGCAUCUCAGGAUGUGGUGUUCAGGGAUUUGGGGACUGAAGUACUGUCUGGUGCUGCCAAAGGCUACAACAUAUGCCUUUUUGCCUAUGGUCAGACAGGCUCUGGGAAGACAUACACCAUGCUGGGGACCCCUGCCUCUGUUGGGCUGACGCCACGUAUAUGUGAGGGUCUCUUCAUCAGAGAGGAAGACUAUCCCCCACUGCCUUCCUCCUGUAGGAUAAAAGUAAGUUUUCUGGAAAUAUAUAAUGAACGUGUGCGGGAUCUGUUGAAGAGAUCUGAUCAAAAAAAGUCCUAUACCCUGCGGGUCAGGGAGCACCCAGAGAUGGGACCCUAUGUCCAAGGUUUAUCUCAGCAUGUAGUUACCAACUAUAAGCAAGUAAUUCAACUCUUGGAGGAGGGAAUAGCAAACAGAAUCACCGCAGCCACCCAUGUUCACGAGGCCAGCAGCAGAUCCCACGCCAUCUUCAUGAUCCACUAUACACAGGCAAUCCUGGAGAACAACCUCCCCUCUGAAAUUGCUUGCAAGAUCAACCUUGUGGACCUAGCAGGCAGUGAAAGAGCAGAUCCCAGCUACGGCAAGGACCGAAUUGCAGAAGGAGCCAGCAUCAACAGGUCUCUCGUGACUCUGGGCAUUGUCAUCUCCGCUUUAGCUCAGAACUCUCAAGUAUUCAGCAGCUGCCACAGCCUCAGCAGUACAGCCAGUGAUGGUGGUGAUGGUGGGAUCCCUUGCUCUCCUGGGACCAGCAGUGGAGGGCGACCCUUCCAGAGGCAGUCGUACAUCCCAUACCGGGACUCUGUGUUGACCUGGCUGCUGAAGGACAGCCUUGGAGGCAACUCCAAAACCAUCAUGGUUGCUACCGUGUCUCCUGCACACACUAGCUACAGUGAGACCAUGAGCACACUGAGAUAUGCAUCCAGUGCCAAAAAUAUCAUCAACAAGCCUCAGGUAAAUGAGGAUGCAAACGUGAAGCUGAUCAGAGAACUCAGGGCAGAGAUUGGAAGACUGAAAGCCAUGCUGCUGAGCUUCGAACUGAGAAGCUUCAGUCCUUUGAAUGAAGAAAAGGAUGAAAACCUGAAGGAGCUGGUUCUUCAAAAUGAAUUAAAGAUAGACCAGCUGACUAAAGACUGGACCCGGAAAUGGAACGAGUGGAAGGCCCUUGUGGAGCAUUACAGAGUGGACAUCAACAGGAGGAGGGCCGGGGUAGUCAUCGACUCCAGCCUGCCGCACCUAACGGCCUUGGAGGAUGAUGUGCUCAGCACAGGUGUUGUGCUUUAUUACCUCAAGGAGGGGACAACAAAAAUAGGAAGGAUCGACUCUGACCAGGAACAGGACAUUGUCCUUCAGGGUCAGUGGAUCGAGAGAGACCACUGCACUAUCACCAGCGCCUGUGGGGUAGUUGUUCUACGACCGACUCGGGGAGCCCGCUGCACAGUCAAUGGCAGGGAGGUGACUGCCUCCUGCCGUCUGACCCAAGGAGCAGUCAUAACUCUGGGGAAAGCACAAACAUUCCGAUUUAACCACCCAGCAGAGGCCGCUGUCCUGCGACAGAGAAGGCAGGUCACAGAGGCUGGCCAGGACGGGGGCUCUUUGGAAUGGCUGGACUUGGAUGGAGAUGCCACUGCCUCCCGGUUGGGUCUCUGCCCUUUGCUUUGGAAGGAAAGAAGAGUGCUGGAAGAGCAGAGUGAUGAGGGCCACCAGCCCCUGAGGACUGUAGAGUUGCGCCACAGGGCCCGGAUUCAGCAACAGUGCUACGUGGGAAAUUCGAGGCAGCGAAUCCUAGCGGGACAGAUCCGAGCCAAACAGGAACUGGAAUUCGACCAGGCUCGCAUCCGCCGGCAGAUUAAAGACAACCAGCAGUGGCUGCUCGGAGGAGAGACCUGGCCGGCUGGCUUGGAACAGCAGCAACAGCAAGACUGCGUAGCAGGGGAAGAACCUGAGGCCUCUGGGCUAGCAGGCACUUGGCCUCAGACACAUCCCGAGACCCGGCUCCCCCAACUGGUCCGAGGCCAGAAGCGGCGGUUGCCACUGCAGCUCCAGCGGAGAGACGCUCUUCGGGCAGCAGAGUGGAACAUCCGGCAGAAAAAGCUCUCAUUCCAGCUAGAGAGAAUCAUCAGGAAGCAGAGGCUGCUGGAGGCCCAGAAGAGACUAGAGCCGCUCGAGGCAUCAUGCUGGCCCCAGGGUGACUGUGCCCAGAAGCUCCCAUACCAGAUCCCCUGCUCUGAUGCUCUGGUCCCCGGGCCUCAGUGUAGAAGCAAAUCAACAAGCUGCAGUUCUUUGAGCCUCCAAAGGCUCUGCGGCCAGUACUUGCCACAGCUGCGCAGCAUUUUCCUGAACUGGGAUCCCUGCACCACGUUACCUCCUGUGCCUGACUCUGCUGACCAAGUGGCAGAGGAAACCGCAGCAGAAGAGUAUCUUCCCCAGACUGCUGCUCACCCUCCAAGGACAGGGCAUUUCAGCAAGAAUGCCCUCCGUUCAGGCAAAGGGCAGCUCUGCACAACCAGGGGGGCCUUGGCCGUGAAGAGAGCCUCAGCCCUAUGCACCUGCCUCCCUGUGAGCUCUCAGUCUGCCAGCAUCCAGGAAAUGGAGAGAGUGGGUAAGCAGUCCCGCUGGGUGGUGUCCCAGAGCCUAGCAUCUCUGGGCCAAUCAGCUAAGAAGCUAAAGCCAAGGGAGGAGCCAGAGGCCCUUACUCCUUCCACCCAGACCAGAAGAAGGGCUAAGGAACUAGUGAACUCUGGACACCCACUGGCAGGGUGGCAAAAAGAAGGGAUCUGCAAGGCCACUAAGGGAGCCGGCUGCAGUUCCUCUCAUCCCCAUGGACCCAAACAGGUAGCUGGGCGUGGAAAAGCAGUCAAGACUUUCUGGACAGAUUCCACACCACCUUCUCCAGGCAGGGCAUCAAAAAGGCAGUGGAAGGUGCUAGCAGCUAGGGUCAGAGGUAUUGCCAUAAAGUCUUCUUGCUUGCCACUGGGCAGCCCUUUGAAGAGGCAGCAGAGUGCAGGGAACCCAGACACCAUGAGCUCACUCACAGGUUCCAGCCCAGUAGAGGAUCAUGCAGUAGAAAAAGACAGUGACUUGCCUGAUGCAGAUAGUUGUUACUCAGUGGAUUCUCUCCCCUGUGUCUAUGCCAAAGCUCUGACAGAGCUGCUGAGAGCAGAGGACCCUCAGGGUAUGGAGCAGGAUCUCCCAGAGCCAGAGAACUCGGAAAGUGAUGACAGCCAAGUAUCAGAGGACGCGCUGGCUGAGAAGGGGUGCCGAAGACCACGGGACAGCCUGGGGGGCACUUACCUCGCCAAUGGCCACAGCCCCCUUAGGGCUGGAGCUGGAGCUUCUGUGAGGGGCUCCACCACAUCCUCAGACAGUGGACUGUUCACCCGAAUACACAGGCGCUUUUCCCUGGAUAGCCUGGUUGAUGCUGAGGAGGAACUGGGAGAAGAUCAGCAAGAAGAGCUUUUCUUCAGUUCAGCUGAUGAGAUGCCCACAGAAACUUUUUGGCGCCUGCAGACCUCCAGUUUGCCCAUAGUAGACCAGACGGCAAUGUGCAGCCUUGAUCCCAUCAUCCGCAGAAUAGGAGCCAGGCUGGAAGCCAUCCUGCCGAUGAGCAGUUCAUUUUACCUUGCUCCCAAGCCCUGGCCCCACUGUGAGCAGUCUGAGGUGGAGGCAGGGGCAAGCUCCUCUGAACAAGCCGACACUCCCCGAGGCACGCAGGUUCCAGGAGGGAGCCCUCUGCUGUCCACGGGUUCCUCGUUUUCCUGUGACUCCAAGAUUAAUCCCAGCAGUCCUCCAGGAAUAGCGGGUUCUUUAUGUCCAAGUCCUGGUAUCCAGGAGUUUCAGCCCUGCGGUUGGGAGAAGCCUGGCUACUGGCUAAAUAUGGAAGAACAAAAGUCACCAGAGGCAGAAACAGUCCUGUCCUAUAUCUCCAAACUGCCCCAAGGUGGUGCUGAGCUGCCCUGCAGGGUAAGAAGUGUAUACACAAUGCCUGCUUCUGAAACAUCCAGGCUGUCACUCUGGGGGUCUUACAGGCUUCUUCAGCCAGGAGCUGACGGCACCUUUCAGGCCAGAGGUACCCCUGACCAGGCCCAGCAGGACAGUGCCACAGCAUCUGACAGCUCCAGUGUGUCGCAUGUGGUGGCUACGUCUGCCACCUCACCAACUCACGUGCACAGUGCCUGUGACAGGGACUGGGCUGCCCUUCAGCAGAGGUACCUCCUUGAACUAUCUCCUGUUUGGGAGGCCACAGGGGAGUCCAUGCCAGGUUUCCCCUCCCUCGAGGAAGACUCUGGUGCCCUGACCCAAGCCUCUGGCAAAGGAGGAGAUUCUCUGUUGCCAUUUGGAUCUGUGGCUUCUAGCAGUGUAAAUUUCAAAAACUUUCCUAUCCAUUUAUCCAAAGUUAGGCAUGUUAAAGCAGAGAAAGAACAGGACAUUGCGAAUGCUGAGUUAGAAGGUAUUUCAGAUCUCUUUACAACUAGUGAGAAAGAGGUGAGUUAUAGUGGAACUUACUCAGCAGACAUAGAAUCAUCAUCUUCAGAAACUACAAAUGUACAGGUCUUUGCAGCAGAGGACAAGAUAGAAAAUUCCAUGAUGGAGGCAUGUGAAGUCAAACAAAACAACUUGGGAGAGUCCUCUCAGAGCAGAGGGAAACCUGGGCUGACGACUUCCUCUGAUGAAUGUUUCCUCCCGAAAAACCCCUGUGACAGUUAUGUCACCAUAGCCGCCAAAGACGGCUUUUGGCCCCAAGGCCAGGCUCCUCUCAGGAAGGGCAGUGCAGGCCAGGUGGGGAAAUUAAGUCACAAGAGCCACCAUCCCCAGCAGGAAGGGAAAGAAGACUCCCAGGAGAGCUUCCAGGAAGUGGUUGGAAGACACACCGAUGUUUCCUUUGCCUUUUCGUCAGGCUCAGAGCUGCCCCCUGACUCUGCUCCUUGGGAUCCAUUCCCAUAUUCCCUGCAGCCACCUCCCUUGGGAACAUUCUAUGUAACCAAAAGCCGGGAUGUCCUGACAGAAACUGCCUUAGAGAUUUCAGCCUGCAGAGAAGCAAGAGCACCUUCCCCACCCCCUCAGGAAGCCUGGUGCUUGAGUUGUGACCCCCAGGUCCUCCAAAAUGUUUAUUUGAAGAAUAAUUUGCCAGUGCUGUUAGAAAACCAGAAUUCCAAUAUUGCUUUAUCUCAGCAAGUCACAGCAGAGAGGCCAGUUGAUCUGAACACUAAGGAAAUUAGCGGAGGAAUAGGGAAAUGCCCUGGAAAUGUUGAAGAAGAAAGCCAUAAUUCAGUUUAUUUUUCUGUUGCUCAGAAGAGACAUUUUCUUCCAUCUACCAGCAUAAAAGUAUAUGAUUUUGAAAAUCAAUUUGGAAUUUUAAAUAAACACAGUCUGCCAGUAUGCGCAGAGGGGAAGGGGGCCACUGUUCCGUCCUAUUGCGGUGUUCCCUCCAGCCGCACUGGGUCUAGGGAGCCUCUCUUUGUUUGUGAAUCUGAGGCAGGCAGGAAAGAAGAACGGGAUCAGAAUGCAGUCCAAAGACAGAGUCAGGCCUUUGAUACAAACAGGCAGUUUCCUUCUGGUUCCAGGUCUGAUUUCAUCUAUAAAACCAUCCAUUUAGGCCUUGACAAGGACAUGCGCAGGGAAACUGCUGCUCCUUUGAAGUCCAAAUCAGUAUGUCAUAGAGCAAGCAGCCUAGACAUAUUGGCCAUUAGACAUCUAGCCCACAACGGGGAAGGGAAGAAUGAAACUGGGCUUCUUGGAAAAGCUCACCAUCCUAAAGACAGCUCAGAAGAGUUUAAGCUUCCAUCUACAUAUGGAAGAUUCCAGUCAGUUACAUGCUGUCAGGAAAGAAACCUGAGUGAAUGCAGGGGUCCUGGAAAGUCACAAGAAAUGUUAAAACCCAAGAGAGAACCUUCUGGAAAGAAACAGAAUAAACAAAUUAAUCAUACUGAUGAAAUGGCUAGGCUAGUUAGGAGUGUAAUGCAGCUAGAAAAUAGUAUCUUGGAAAUCAAAUCUAAGCAGAACAGCCAGCUGUAUGCUUCCUAUACACUGGGAGUCAGUAAGGAAUUCAUGUUUCAGGACCAGAAGGACCAGGAGAUGGCUGACCAUGUCCUGCAGACAGGCAGCUCUGAAAAUCACUUGUCUCCCAAGGAUCAGCCAUCUUUUCCCAGACAGACAGAUGAUGUUACCCAUAGGGAUAGUGAAGCUAGAGAAAUGGAGGCUAUCAGUAGCAUUGGGAAAAAUCCUCAGGUCCAGAAAACCACCCUGAACCCAUUCAAAUCAAAGGAAUGUGUACCAGACGUUAAAUUUGUGAGAGCGCACACCCACCUGGCUGUAUUAGACAGAUCAGCUAGGGACACUUGUGAUUAUUUAGGGCCAUGUACAGUUCACAGAGAGUCUACCAACACUUCUUUUAAUCCAAGGAGAACAAAAGCACUGGCUAGAACUCAGCCCACGCCCGAGAAGUCGUCUGAGAAGGAGGGUGAGUUGAUGAGCACAUCAGCCAGCCCCAGAGGGCAGCCCUGUGGUCUGGGAAGUCUUGAGCUGGAGACUGUGAAAGGUUUUCAGGAAAGCCAAGCUGCCAAAAGCACAAGUAGUUCUAAACAAGAGGAGCCAAACGUUCAAGGCGGAGUUGAAGAAAUGGCUGUGCAGCGAGGAAGGAGGCUACAGAAGGAAAACAAGGUGGUCUCAUCAACUCAGAAACUUCCUAGUCCCAGCCAAUGUUGCAUGGGGACCCUCUCCAGCCAGGAGACUGGUGCAUUGCUGAGCCAGCCAGACUCCUCCACAGCUCCUCCCCAGGACCGGAGUAAUACCUUGCCCUUGAAUUCUCCAAGACUGUCAGGAAACUAUCUUCAUGUACCCAGUGCUAUAGGCAUCUCUUCAGUUGACUGUGGACUAGAUCCCACAAAGUUCAAAGUGGCCAACAGUCUCUUAGGACUGGAAGCAUGGUGUCAAGACCAGAGUAGAGAGCCUGGACACCAUGGCUCUCAAGAAAAUGUUAGAGGGGCCUCCUCUGUGGCACACCCUGCUUGGGGUGGAUCUGCAAUAUCCAUGGCCAUGGGAUCUUAUGGCCAACCCUGGGUACCAGAGGUGGGUGCAGAGGGCAGGACAUCAGCAAGCACUAGGCCCCAAAACAAAGGAAGGGACCUCAGAAGCAAUUUAGUGGGUUUAAGUCCUAGGGUGGGUUCUGCUUCUGAAGCUGGGGCAGCUGUGCAAGGAGGAAUGCGACAAGCCAGUUCUCUGAACAGGGUCUCUAGCUUGCUUGAAAAGUGGGCCAGCUGCCCAUUAGGAGAGGGUAACAACCAAGGCAGGAAGGAGAGACAGACAGAGAAGGAGGCUGAAGACCCCAGUCCUGCCAGUAGUUCCUUCUCAGUUCCUGGGUCCCUGCCAAGGGGGCCUCCCUCAGAGCCUGCUGUGCCUGCAGGCCUGGCUGUGCUGGAGGAGGUCAGACAAGCAGAGGCCCAGGGAAGGAGGCCUCACAGCUUGCUGCCUGGCAGCACAGUGCUUCCUUACUAUGAGACUUUAUCAGAACAUGACUGCUCUUCAGGGGCCCCUGGCAGGCCUCUGCGUCAACAAGUGGACCAGUCAGUAUCAGACAGGACCACGAGUGAGAGUGAAACACAAGGAUUUCAUGUAGCAUCUCUCUCUGCCGAGCCGGGACAUCAGUUGACUGAUGAGAGGAAAGUCCUUCAGGCCACACCUCUCUCUGCAGACAACUUUCAACCUCUGCCCAAUGCCGAAACUAAAACACGGUUGUGGCAUCCCUCACAGACCUCCUCCCAUGCUGCCCCUGCUCUAGGCAAAAGCCAUUGUCAUGGACAACUGAGACAUUUGCUGGGAACAGGUGAACAGUUUAUAUGCCACUCUAGCUCUUGUGAGAUGAUAGAGAAAAUGAAAGAAGCAACCAGAACACCUUCCUCUGCUGAUCCUUUGUGCACAGACAAUCUUCCUUCUUCAACAGCUGUAGAAGAGAAAAUGGUGGUUGUCUUACCUUCUCAGGCCCCUCCUGAUGAUGCUGGAGCGGUUCCAUGCAGGCAAAGUCAGCUAGCUCCAUGGGAUGCUGCAGAGGGCAUGCCUCUUGGCCAUCAGGAGAGCAUCCCAGCCCGUUGGGAACCUGGAACCCUAGACACCACAUGUGGAGGAGAUUCAGGUAACUUCUUAGAGGCUCAACAGGGAGGAAAAACAACCUCAUUUGAAGGUCAGCAUGUGAGCUGUGUUGUACAGGGUUCUGCCAGUCUCUCAAGGCCUAACCAAGACCAUGUCCAAAGCCUUGAGGUUUCCACUGGUUUAGAAGAAGGGAGGGCAAGUCGCAAACAAAGUGCUGGUCUGCCGGGAGCCCUGGGAAGGGUUGAACUGGAAGCUCCCUCUUGGAAGUGUGUGAAGUGGAAGGCGAGUGUUGGUUUGGAGCUGGCAGAUGCCUACGGGCCUGGCAGCAAACAUCCUGGGCCAAGUGCACCGCUUGAUCAAAGCCCUCCCUCAGGUCCCGGGGGAGUUAAGCAGGAGACCCGGUACAGACGUUCACAAGGAACUAUGGACUGUGUUGUCUUCUCAGGGCACACUGAAGGCAGUGGGACUCUCCGCCCACCUGCGGGGCAGGAAGACAGCAGAACUCUUUCCUGCCGGCAACUGCAUGAUGCUCCACCCGUUGCUUCUCAUGCCUGCUCCUCACCCGUCUCCACUUCACUGUCUUACCGGGAUGGUGAUCUGGGGAAGGGGACUUCCAGGGCUGUCCCCCACACUCUCAGCCUGCCCUGUGUAGUACGUCCCAGGGGCUGUGGAAUGGAUGAGAGUGCGGCGAGCUCUUUCAGGGAACCUGACGUGCUCUUGGCGCGUGGCCUUGAGCACAAAGGCAUUAAUGUGGAAUUUGGGCCAACAGACAGCACGGCUCUGGAGCCCUCUGUCACUGCUGCUGUCCUAGCUUUGGCUCAAGGUAGCAGCCCCCCUUCUGCCCCUGAUGAGAAGACAGGUUCUCUCAGUGACUCGGCUGAUGGAAGCUCAAGGUCAGUAGGGGAUCCUGAGAAAAAGGUUGCUGAGAAGAAAGUUGGCAGAGAGCUUGAGGCUGCAAAUAUGUACUCUGAGCCCCUGAGGUUGUUCCAGGACAGCUCUGAAGGUGGCCAGAAUGUACACAGGUGUCAAACCAAGCCAGAACUACCUUUAACAACUGGGCAACUACACACCCUGAAUUUAAGUGAAGGGUCUGUUCAGAGUGAGCUGCUGGCAGAACCAUGGCAUAGAUGUUCUGGAAAUACUGUCAAAUGCCAUUUAAAAAAGCCACAACUUUCCACUUACUCCAGCGAUCACAGUGGCUUGGAUCCCCAAGCUACGUUUGUAACAAAGUUAAAACAUAUCCCCAGCCCCCAGGUUGGUGGUCACUGGGAGGAAGAACAGCAGAGAAACCAGACCUCAGGUGCUGGUAAAGGCCCUGCCCAGGGCAGGGACCUCCAGCCUUCUGGUGGAGGUGGCUUAGAUGGGUGUCAGAUUGGAGAUGUGGGCAGGGAUGAGGUGGCUGCGGCCAACUCCCCUGUGUCCAAGACAUUCUCAUCAGCCUUCAGAGACUCAGCCACUGUGCUCUUGGGGCAAAGUGCAGCACUGCAGCCCACAGCCCACAGCCCUGGCCAGCCUGCUCCCCACCGCAGGAGCUCACUUCCUGCGAUUGCAGUCUCCAGUCCCGAACACUCCAGGUCCUCCCCUAGACCCCAGUUCUCUGGGGUCAGCUCUUCCCGGUCUCUUCAGGAGCUGAACUUGAGUGUUGAGCCACCUUCCCCUACAGAUGAAGAUAUACAGGAGCCUAACAGAUUGUGGUCCCCACAUCCCAGGGGCUCUUCCUCGGGAAAGUCAGAGGUGAGACCGUCUCUGCAAGCUGAGGGCUGCAGUCAGGAAGCCUCAUCCUACUUGGACAAUAGCACUGCUGAUCACAGGCCCCUGCAUCCUACCACCCCACCUUACCCAACGUCUUCAGCACUCUCAUGCAUGCCAACCCCUGAUUUCCCAACCAGCUGGAUGUCUGAUACUCGGGAACAGGCCUGGCAGGAAACGCCAGAGAGACUGGGUGGCCAGGCCAGACCGGAGAAGUGGCAGUCCCAGGUGGACAAAGGAGUGUUGCUCUUUGGCUGCAGUGGCAUCAAUCCCUACGCCCGGCCCUGGCAACCCGAGGGGCCUGCACGCAUUGGCUGGAAGCAGUAUGUGUUUAUGCGACAAGCCAGUUCUCUGAACAGGGUCUCUAGCUUGCUUGAAAAGUGGGCCAGCUGCCCAUUAGGAGAGGGUAACAACCAAGGCAGGAAGGAGAGACAGACAGAGAAGGAGGCUGAAGACCCCAGUCCUGCCAGUAGUUCCUUCUCAGUUCCUGGGUCCCUGCCAAGGGGGCCUCCCUCAGAGCCUGCUGUGCCUGCAGGCCUGGCUGUGCUGGAGGAGGUCAGACAAGCAGAGGCCCAGGGAAGGAGGCCUCACAGCUUGCUGCCUGGCAGCACAGUGCUUCCUUACUAUGAGACUUUAUCAGAACAUGACUGCUCUUCAGGGGCCCCUGGCAGGCCUCUGCGUCAACAAGUGGACCAGUCAGUAUCAGACAGGACCACGAGUGAGAGUGAAACACAAGGAUUUCAUGUAGCAUCUCUCUCUGCCGAGCCGGGACAUCAGUUGACUGAUGAGAGGAAAGUCCUUCAGGCCACACCUCUCUCUGCAGACAACUUUCAACCUCUGCCCAAUGCCGAAACUAAAACACGGUUGUGGCAUCCCUCACAGACCUCCUCCCAUGCUGCCCCUGCUCUAGGCAAAAGCCAUUGUCAUGGACAACUGAGACAUUUGCUGGGAACAGGUGAACAGUUUAUAUGCCACUCUAGCUCUUGUGAGAUGAUAGAGAAAAUGAAAGAAGCAACCAGAACACCUUCCUCUGCUGAUCCUUUGUGCACAGACAAUCUUCCUUCUUCAACAGCUGUAGAAGAGAAAAUGGUGGUUGUCUUACCUUCUCAGGCCCCUCCUGAUGAUGCUGGAGCGGUUCCAUGCAGGCAAAGUCAGCUAGCUCCAUGGGAUGCUGCAGAGGGCAUGCCUCUUGGCCAUCAGGAGAGCAUCCCAGCCCGUUGGGAACCUGGAACCCUAGACACCACAUGUGGAGGAGAUUCAGGUAACUUCUUAGAGGCUCAACAGGGAGGAAAAACAACCUCAUUUGAAGGUCAGCAUGUGAGCUGUGUUGUACAGGGUUCUGCCAGUCUCUCAAGGCCUAACCAAGACCAUGUCCAAAGCCUUGAGGUUUCCACUGGUUUAGAAGAAGGGAGGGCAAGUCGCAAACAAAGUGCUGGUCUGCCGGGAGCCCUGGGAAGGGUUGAACUGGAAGCUCCCUCUUGGAAGUGUGUGAAGUGGAAGGCGAGUGUUGGUUUGGAGCUGGCAGAUGCCUACGGGCCUGGCAGCAAACAUCCUGGGCCAAGUGCACCGCUUGAUCAAAGCCCUCCCUCAGGUCCCGGGGGAGUUAAGCAGGAGACCCGGUACAGACGUUCACAAGGAACUAUGGACUGUGUUGUCUUCUCAGGGCACACUGAAGGCAGUGGGACUCUCCGCCCACCUGCGGGGCAGGAAGACAGCAGAACUCUUUCCUGCCGGCAACUGCAUGAUGCUCCACCCGUUGCUUCUCAUGCCUGCUCCUCACCCCUCUCCACUUCACUGUCUUACCGGGAUGGUGAUCUGGGGAAGGGGACUUCCAGGGCUGUCCCCCACACUCUCAGCCUGCCCUGUGUAGUACGUCCCAGGGGCUGUGGAAUGGAUGAGAGUGCGGCGAGCUCUUUCAGGGAACCUGACGUGCUCUUGGCGCGUGGCCUUGAGCACAAAGGCAUUAAUGUGGAAUUUGGGCCAACAGACAGCACGGCUCUGGAGCCCUCUGUCACUGCUGCUGUCCUAGCUUUGGCUCAAGGUAGCAGCCCCCCUUCUGCCCCUGAUGAGAAGACAGGUUCUCUCAGUGACUCGGCUGAUGGAAGCUCAAGGUCAGUAGGGGAUCCUGAGAAAAAGGUUGCUGAGAAGAAAGUUGGCAGAGAGCUUGAGGCUGCAAAUAUGUACUCUGAGCCCCUGAGGUUGUUCCAGGACAGCUCUGAAGGUGGCCAGAAUGUACACAGGUGUCAAACCAAGCCAGAACUACCUUUAACAACUGGGCAACUACACACCCUGAAUUUAAGUGAAGGGUCUGUUCAGAGUGAGCUGCUGGCAGAACCAUGGCAUAGAUGUUCUGGAAAUACUGUCAAAUGCCAUUUAAAAAAGCCACAACUUUCCACUUACUCCAGCGAUCACAGUGGCUUGGAUCCCCAAGCUACGUUUGUAACAAAGUUAAAACAUAUCCCCAGCCCCCAGGUUGGUGGUCACUGGGAGGAAGAACAGCAGAGAAACCAGACCUCAGGUGCUGGUAAAGGCCCUGCCCAGGGCAGGGACCUCCAGCCUUCUGGUGGAGGUGGCUUAGAUGGGUGUCAGAUUGGAGAUGUGGGCAGGGAUGAGGUGGCUGCGGCCAACUCCCCUGUGUCCAAGACAUUCUCAUCAGCCUUCAGAGACUCAGCCACUGUGCUCUUGGGGCAAAGUGCAGCACUGCAGCCCACAGCCCACAGCCCUGGCCAGCCUGCUCCCCACCGCAGGAGCUCACUUCCUGCGAUUGCAGUCUCCAGUCCCGAACACUCCAGGUCCUCCCCUAGACCCCAGUUCUCUGGGGUCAGCUCUUCCCGGUCUCUUCAGGAGCUGAACUUGAGUGUUGAGCCACCUUCCCCUACAGAUGAAGAUAUACAGGAGCCUAACAGAUUGUGGUCCCCACAUCCCAGGGGCUCUUCCUCGGGAAAGUCAGAGGUGAGACCGUCUCUGCAAGCUGAGGGCUGCAGUCAGGAAGCCUCAUCCUACUUGGACAAUAGCACUGCUGAUCACAGGCCCCUGCAUCCUACCACCCCACCUUACCCAACGUCUUCAGCACUCUCAUGCAUGCCAACCCCUGAUUUCCCAACCAGCUGGAUGUCUGAUACUCGGGAACAGGCCUGGCAGGAAACGCCAGAGAGACUGGGUGGCCAGGCCAGACCGGAGAAGUGGCAGUCCCAGGUGGACAAAGGAGUGUUGCUCUUUGGCUGCAGUGGCAUCAAUCCCUACGCCCGGCCCUGGCAACCCGAGGGGCCUGCACGCAUUGGCUGGAAGCAGUAUGUGUUUGGCAGUGCAGUAGAUACCUCCUGUAGCCAGACACUCCAGGGCCUGAUACCAUCUAAUGUGACCCGGUGCUCGAGUGUGGACAACUGCCUAGAAGACCAGAACUCCCCAUUCCACUCCCACCUCAGCACCUAUGCCAAUACCCGGGGUCUGUCGAGCACACACAGCAGCAUUGAAAGUGCCCAAGGUUCACAAGAGGCCUGGGAGGUGUGGGAUUCCCCAUUUGCCUUGGGGAACCCCCGUAUCCUGACUGGCCUGGAAGGAACAGCCCCCACAAAGGGUCCUGACAAGAGAGCCCAGUUCCCAGGAGCCCCAGGUGAAGCGGGCUGCCCAAGGUGUGAGCCCCCCUUGGCUGAAGAAUGUGCUGCCGGUCCAGUGGAUGAUGAGAUCAUGCUGCUGUAUCCAUCAGAGGCAGGUAGCCUUGAGGGACAGUGCAGGAGGAGCACCUUGGAGCAGGGCACACAGACCCUGGGCUGCAGUCUUCACUGGAGUUACACCAACAUCUCUCUUGCUCAGCUGGAAGCCAGCGCAAUGCCAGUCUGUGAUCUGGCCUCCUGGACCAGCAUGCACAACCUGUCUCUCCACCUCUCACAGCUCCUGCACAGCACCUUAGAGCUGCUGGGGAGCCUCUCCCAGCCAGGUGUGGCCGGAAAGGAGCAGAAUGCCAAGAGGGAGACCCCAUGUGAGGCACCACAGGCCCUCAUGAUUGACAGCUGUACUCAGACCACCGUGGAUGAGGUCAUCCAGACUGAUCUGGCCUCACCACCUCUGCCACUCCAGGACCCAAAGGCCAACCCUCAGGAGGUCAGUGCCAUCCUUGAAGAGCUGGGCUCAAAUGUCUCCACUAUGUCUCAGGAGCAGGGACAUGUCUCAGGGAUGCUUCAGAAGAAAGAGGCAGAAGAAACAGCAUGGGAAAUGGCAGGGCCCCCAGAUCUUCAGGAAGAAAGCACACCCUGCAGGCCCCAGAGCCCUGCAGGCCCCUCAUCCCACUUGAAGUUUCUAAGAGACCCCUUUGGGAAGAACCUCCCUGCUGAAGGCCCCCUGUCGCCCCACUCUCAGCCUGAGGAGCCCUCCUGCCUGUCUGUCAGCCUUAGCAACCCUCACUGCCCAGAGCCCUGCCCCAGUGCUGUGGGGUCCAUCAGGAAACUGAGGGUCCAGAAGGAGCCAGGCCCCAUGAGUGCCCUGGUGGUGGACAGGGCCUCCUCCCCAAUCCUGACACUUAGUGCCAGCACCCAAAGGUUGUGGUACCCCUCAGAUCACCCUCUCGAAGGCCACCAGAAGCUUGUCUCCAUCUCAGAUCUUUCCCUUGAUGUGCCCAGGUCUUCAAUGGAUAAUUAUUCUCAAACCCCUGAUGAACCAGGCGGCUCCCAGGGAGUGGGGGCUCCAUGUGGAGAAGGCACAAGUCCCUUAGAAAGAAGUGAUGGUAGGUCCUUCCUUGAGGUGAGUUCCCUGGGCAGUCCGCAGCAGAGCCCGACACUCCAAGUUCAUUUCUUAGAGCAGCCCCCUCAGCAGCUUCAGCCCAGGGCUAGUGCCUGGAUGCAAAGCAGACUGCCCCCUCCACCACCGAUGAGUAGGAGCCAGAGGCUGGCUGAUGGCUCUGUGCCCAAAGGCGUGGCUUCCCUGGGGCUUGGCCCACAGAGCAGUAGGGGGCUGAGUCACUGGCAGAGCAGGACAGAAGAUGGGGAUGAGAGUGCAGUGUCCCCAGUGGAACUCCAACCCACUGUGGACCUUUCCUCUUCGUGGGGAGGCUGCCAAUGCCCCAGGCCCUGCCCUGUGUCUGACCUGAGUGAUACUGUAGGGCUCCAGGCUUCUACCUCAGGCCCGACCGCGGCCUGCCAACCUGAGGGGAUGCUGUGCCGCAGCUCUCAGACGUGCAUGGCCCCAGAGCCCCAGCAUCACAGCCUGAGGGACCUUCCAGUGCAUAACAAAUUUAGUAAUUGGUGUGGGGUGCAGGAUGACCCUCCUGGGGGGCUAGGUGUGGUGGAGCUGCUGAGGACCAGACGUGAUCUCCGCUCUGUAGAGCAGAAGCCUUCACAACCUCCUGACAACCAGAGCCAGGAUCCUGAGUGGUCCCUGAGGGAGCAGGUGCCCCUGCAAGUUGGGCCCCAGCACCUCUCUCUCAGUGUGGAACUCACAGAAGCAAAACUGCACCGCGGCUUCGGGAAGGCAGAUGCGCUGCUGCAGGUGCUGCAGAGUGGGACGGGGGAGGCGCUCGGGGCUCACGAACCCGCACAGCCCACCUCAGAGGAGCUCUUUGGCCGGCAAAAACAAACCAUUGAGAUCCUCUGGAAAGAGCGAGCUGAGCGACUUAAGAGCUUCCACGGGACACGAAGCCUCAGCCUGCAGAAACAGCCGGGCCUUCUAUCCGGCAGGGGGCUCCCCACCCGAGACCUUGACUUACCCAGCAGGCGCCGAGAGUAUCUGCAGCAACUGAGGAAGGAUGUUGUGGAGACCACCAGGAACCCAGGGCCAGCAUUAAGGUCUGCUCGCCCACCCUCUGACAUAGAGCUGAUGCUACAAGAGUAUCAGCAGGCCCGUGAGGAGGCCAAGGUGGAGAUCGCUCAGGCCCGGGACCGACUGCGGGAACAGACUGAGCAGGAGAAGCUGAGAAUCCACCAGCAGAUCAUCUCCCAGCUACUGAAGGAAGAGGAAAAGCUGCACACCCUGGCCACCUCCAGCUCGCUGUGCACCAGCUCCAGUGGGAGCCUCUCCUCUGGUGUCACCUCUGGCUACAGUAGCAGCCAGGCUUGGCCAAGCCAGCACCAGUGCCUGGACAAUGGGAACAUGCACUUGCCUGACUCCAGAGACUCCUGGAUAGGGGAUGUACAAGACCGUUCUGCAGUGAGGAAUAGUCACCUGAUUCUGGCUGGGUCCUCCUGGAAGAGCUUAGCCUACAGCCACAGAGCCUCCCUGAGUAGUUGCUGCUGUUCUCCAUCCAGCCAGUCCAGCAUGGGGACCUGCUUCUCCUCCUACCAGAAUUUGGCCAAGCACGUCGUGGACAACGCUAUGGCUGACGUGAUGGCUGCUUGCUCAGAUAAUCUGCAUAACCUCUUCAGCCACCAGGCAGCAGCCGGCUGGAACUAUCAGGGUAAGGAACAGGAGGUGCAGCUUUACUACAAAACAUUUUCUUCUACUCGGCAUGGCUUCCUGGGGGCAGGCAUGGUGUCCCAGCCGCUCUCUCACGUGUGGGCAGCUGUAAGUGACCCCACCCUGUGGCCCCUGUACCACAAACCCAUCCAGACGGCAAGGCUGCAUCAGCGGGUGACCAAAAACAUCAACCUGGUGUAUUUGGUGUGCAAUACCGCCCUGUGUGCACUGAAGCAGCCACGGGAUUUCUGUUGUGUCUGCGUGGAAGCCAAAGAGGGGCACCUGUCUGUCAUGGCAGCUCAGUCUGUGUAUGACAUAUUCAUGCCGAGACCCAGCAGAGAGAUGAUCCGAGGGGAGAUACUGCCCAGUGCUUGGAUCCUGCAACCCCUCACAGUGGAAGGGAAGGAGACCACCAGAGUCAUCUACCUGGCCCAGGUAGAACUUGGGGCUCCAGGCUUCCCUCCUCAGCUCCUAAGCUCCUUCAUCAAACAGCAGCCACUGGUCAUAGCCAGACUGGCUUCCUUCCUUGGUAGUUAGCAUCUCACUGUCAGGAUGGUGCAGGCCCGGGACCUUCCAGCGAAGCUGGGGCAGCUUGUUACUCUCUGCGCCCAGACGCAAGAGCUAAGGUGAUCUGCCAUGGGCAGUCUGGCAGCAAGCAUGGAGCCCCGAGUGGCCAGAGCCCAGUCAGCCCUUGGUCACAGCCUGCACCUCAGCAGAGCUACGGGGCCUGACCUCCUGGCCCCAGCCAUCCAGAGGGAAUGAAGCUCAACUCACCUUUUUGGAUUUCUCAGCCGCCUUUUCCACCUCUGGAGCCUUAUGGCAGACAAGCUGACCAAGACCAGGAUUGGACACAGCCAGCAGAGCUGGGAGACUGCAGUGCUUGGGCAUGGUGCUUCCUUAUUUUGCCCCAGCAAAAUUGGUAUGGAAGCAGGAAGCCACUGGGCAAGACUCUGCUCAGAAUCUGCCUCCAUCCAGCAUUCAGCUCCACUGUGGGAAAGAGCGUUAGAAAAUACCAAAACAGGAAAAUGGCUUUUAAAAAACCACUGCACAAAUCAGAACAUUGAUUAAGAAUCGUUUCUCCUUCUUGAAUUUUUACAAAAUGCUUUGGUAUUAAUGUCUGCUUCCCCCAUUCCUUUCCCUCACAGGAGAGAACACUGGGGUCUCUGCCUCAGGCAGGGGUACUGAGCAGGGCUCUGUCAUGGAGCCACCUCUGGAGCUCAGCAGAAUGGGAAGACCACUGUAGAAGUAGGUUAGACAGAUUUGGGGUCAGGGCCUGGCUCUGUGAGGAGGACUGAGGGGUGCUGCGAAAGUGGGAGGAGUUUCAGAGAUGAAAAAUUAUCUUUUGAAGGUGGUACUCCUGGAGGAGCUAAGUGGUUUGUUAGGAGGAAGCCCAGUUCCAUUCCGUACCUCACUCAGGGCCUUUGUCCCACCUCCAGUGGUCUCUCAAGCUCUCUAUGCUGCUGCUGCGGCCCCGCCUCUUCCAGGGCUGGUGGAGAUGGGUUCAGGUGACUUGCAUCUUAGCCUGGCUGAGCUUGAAGGAUUCCGUAGUUACCUGGGAGUGGUGGGGGUGGGAGAAACUCCCCGCUUCCUUUCUGGCACCCAGAGUUUUUGGUGGCAGAGGGUGAUUAUAUGGGGAUGGGAAAGAUGUGGAAAGGUAAGUUUCUGUAUAGUACAGCAGAGAUUUAAUUUCUAAACAUGUUUGCAGGAUUUUUUUUCUCUUACCUCAGAUCAGGUUAUUUAUGUAUUAUUGAUUGAAAUCUUAAAAUUGCUUUUAUUUUUAAACUUAA